AUGACUCAGGAGCAGUACAUCCUGGCAUCUCAGCCAAACCCCCUCCAAAGGCCGGGAUGUGCUACUGUGUAUCCGGUGGGGAUUUAUGGCUGGCGAAAGCGCUGUCUCUAUUUCUUCAUCCUCCUCCUCCUCGUCACCAUGAUUGUCAACCUAGCCUUGACCAUCUGGAUUCUAAAGGUCAUGAACUUCACCGUGGAUGGCAUGGGAACUCUCCGCGUAACCAAAGAGGGCAUCAGAUUAGAGGGAGUGUCUGAGUUCCUCCUUCCACUUUAUGUGAAAGAGAUCAACUCCAGAAGGGACAGUCCUCUGGUCUUACAGUCAGACCGCAAUGUGACGGUGAAUGCACGAAAUAACCUUGGCCAGCUGACAGGACAGCUCACUGUGGGCUCUGAGAUGGUAGAAGCCCAGUGUCAGCGGUUCGAAGUGAGAAGUAGUGAUGGUGAGACAGUUCUCUUCUCUGCUGAUGAAGAGGAGAUCAGUAUUGGCACAGACAAACUGAGAGUCACAGGUCCCUCAGCAAGAGUUGGACAGACCACCUUCAAAGUAACACUUGAGAGUGGAGAAUUUUGA